AUGGAAGUGAGACUACGGCGGCAGAUUAAGAUACUUGAGCAGAUGGAAAUGCUCAGUGAGUGGGUUAUUGGGAUGGAUGCAGGGGAAGGAAGGAAGGAAAGAGCAAUAAAAAGGCACAUGAGGAGUGUUUUUGUGGUAAGAUACAUGUACUACAAAAAGCUUGCAAAGCUGAAUGCUGAAGGAAGGCUUUGCAGAGACAUAAAAGUGCUGAAAAGCUAUGAGUAUUAUGAAAGGAGGGUUUCCAGGAUGAUUGAAUGUGUUUUCAAAGGAUCUAGUAUGUAUGGGGAGAUGCUUGAGCUUGAAGGGAUUUUCAAGAAAUACAUGCAUGUGCAUGGAUGCGAUAACUAUGAGGAUUUUGUUGGAACGAUCCAUGAGCUUAGGGUUAAAGAAGCAGGGAUGUGUGUGCUGAGAUACCUGGAUGAGCUACAGAGAUAUGUUUUGAGUGUUAUGAAGGUAAGGCAUUACCGAAGGUUCAAACGGGUUAGGAAGAUGUGCGAAUUGAAUGUUUUGAAUGAAAGCAGCAUUGAUGAUUUUAUUAAGAGGCUGGAUGAAGGAGUUGAGAAUGGAGGCAAUGAGAUGUAUCCAAGAGUAUAUUGCGUUGGAUGCAGCAGAGAAGUAUGUGUAAAUGUGUUCAGGUAUCAUGUAAAUGGGCACAAGCAUAUGAGGCUAGCAGGAAGAACAGUUGUGUACUGUUCAAGGCUGAUUGUGCCGGUAAAAGACGGACUGAAGAAGAUGCUUUUGCAAGUAGACAAGGAGUUGAAUCGUAGCAUUGCAUCUGCUACAAAGAAAGAAAGGCGUAAGAAGCGAGAGGUUCCCAGAUGGCUUUACAAGAAGAAAGAUCUUGAUGUUGAGUUUGAGUGUGAGGUGUGUGAGUAUGCUUGCCGUGGAUGGCAAGGCUUUGAUCAGCAUUUUGGAUCUGAAUGCCAUUUCAAAGGGAUGAAAAGGUAUGGAGUUGAGUCAUACAGUAAGCUGUAUUGGGGAAUAUCACGAGUGGAUGCAUUGAUGCGUAUGAAGGCCAGAGUAGCAUCUGAAGAGCAGAGAGAGGUGUUAGAGUAUGGACAGGAAUUUGAGGAUUGUGAAGGAAAUGUGUUUGAUAAAAGAACAUAUGAGGAUCUUAAGAGAAAUGGGCUUGUUUAG